AUGGAGUCCUCCAUCCGUUCUGACCUGUCUCCUGGGAGAAGAGCAGAUGUUCUUGGGGAAACAUGUAGAAGACACAGUGAUGGAGUUUACGCCUCCAAUCAGAUACCUGGGUCAUGUGAACGAGUGUUAGAGCAGAAACUUAGCUCUCCAGCGAACAACGCUGCUACUUGCUUUGACUAUUAUGACAGAGGGCCCACAGAGGAGGAUAUUGAGAAGAAUCCAGAGUUGAAGAAGCUACAGAUUUAUGGGGCAGGCCCCAAGAUAAUGGGCUUGGGCCUCGUGGCCAACGAUAAGACUUUAAGGAAGAAAGUUGUGAAGCAUAAUAGUCUGAGAGACAGUGUGAAGGAUAAAGAAGAGACCAUAUACCCUCUCCCUGUUGUGAUGAAAGAGGAACCAAGUGGGAGUGGAAAAAUGAUGUCAACAUUGUCCGAGGAGGACUUGAGUCAAACCGAAUAUGGGACCAGUGGUUGGAACCUGAAUGUGAUGCCAGUGCUGGAUCAGUUUGUUCUCUACCACAUCAAUGCAGACAUCUCAGGCAUGAAGGUUCCCUGGCUAUAUGUGGGCAUGGUUUUCUCAGCAUUUUGUUGGCAUAUUGAGGAUCACUGGAGUUACUCCAUUAACUACUUACACUGGGGUGAGCCAAAGACCUGCUAUGGUGUACCCUCACUGGCAGCAGAGCAUUUGGAGGAGGUGAUGAAGAAGCUGACACCUGAGCUGUUUGAUAGUCAGCCUGAUCUUCUACACCAACUGGAUACUCUAAUGAAUCCCAACACCCUUAUGUCUCAUGGUGUUCCUGUUGUUCGCACAAAUCAGUGUGCAGGAGAAUUUGUCAUUACUUUUCCUUGGAUUUACCAUAACGGCUUUAACCAAGGCUACAUUGCUGAGGCUGUCAACUUUUGCACUGCCGACUGGCUACCUGCUGGAUGUCAGUGUAUUGAACACUACUGCCAGCUCUGGCGCUACUGUGUCUUCUCCCAUGAAAUCUGCAAGAUGGCCACCUUUCCAGAGAAGUUGGACCUGAAUCUGGCUGUGGCUGUCCACAAGGAGAUGUUCCUAAUGAUACAGGAGGAGCGAUGUUUACAAAAGGCCCUGGUGGAGAAGGGUAUCACGGAGGCUGAACAAGAGGUUUUCAAGCUGCUUUCAGAUGAUGAACGCCAGUGCAUCAAGUUAAAGACAACAUGCUUCCUAUCAGCUUUGGCCUGCUAUGACUGCCCAGAGGGCCUUAUCUGCCUUUCCCACAUCAGUGACCUGUGCAGUUGCUCAAGUAGCCAGCAGUACCUGCGAUGUCAGUACACCUUGGAUGAGCUACCCGCCAUGCUGCAUAAGCUGAAGAUUUGUGCCAAGUCCUUUGACUCCUGGGCCAAUAAUAAAGUGCAAGUGGCACUGAAGGUAGAGAAGGGCCAGAAAUGCAGCUUUGAAGAGCUAAGGUCACUGGAAUCGGCAGCUCGUGAGAAACAAUUUUCUAAUAGUGAGCUGCUUCAUCACCUGAAGAACUGCCCGAAUAAAGCAGAAACUUGUGACUCCCAAGUCCUGGGAUUGGUCAGUGGUCAAGAGGCUAGCACCUGUACAAUAGCUUGCUUACACAAUGAGGUUGUGGCUAAGCCUUACAGUUAG